AUGCUCACUCUUCUCGGUGCCGUCAGCUACUUCCUUGGUAGACCUAGCGUUACCGAAGUCCCUCGUGAUUCUGUGUGGUGUGAAAUCUUCCCUCCCCCUACGGAAAAGCUAGAGGAACCCCAGACGCGCAGUGAAGCCUUCUGUGCUGUUAUACUGGGGGGAGAGGAAGGUCGUCCCGAACGGCUACUCUUACAUGAGAUUGAAUACAAUGAGAAGGCCGAACCGGUUACCCGCAGUACUAAGAACUGUAUAGUAACUCAAGAGGGUCUCGAUCGCGAUUGCUUACCAGACUCUGUGAAAAGAGGAAAAGAAAACAAGCUCAAUUUCGAAUUCAAACAGGGCAGCACUCCGGACGAAAGUAGAGAAAUUGUGGUAGGAAAGAAGACAUAUAUUCUCAAGUUGCUGAGACCGUUGAACGACGAGGAGCAGCCGUGGGAUGAGCGUCAGGGACGUAUGACUCACAUCCCUCUGGUCUACUCGAGUACCGAGCCCGCCAUCUCCCUGUUCAAGCCUGAGCGUCAAGAUAAGUGGUAUUCCAAAACUGAUG